AUGCCCCGGUGUUACCUUCUGAAGAAAAAAGUCGCCGCCCUAGAGCUCAGGAGAGCUGCGGAACAGGAGAAGUUCAACGCGAUCGCGCGCCACGGUGAAGUCAAUUCCCUGACCGUCGCGGACAGCCUGCACCCCAAUGAAGUUACCAUCCUCAAACCGAUUGCGCCUCCUCGAGCCGCUUCUCCCUGUGGCGAUUAUGCGGUCUUCCCUGAAUAUCCUCCUUCACACCAACAGCAGCUCCGUGGAUCGCUGGAUUUCACUCCUACGCAGCCGAUGGGAGACUUUUCGGAUUCGUCGACGACCAAUACUUCGUUGCAAGACCCCGAGACUCGCUCUUUUCCUGAGAGCCAUCGAGCCUUACAGUCUUCCCCGAUCACCGAAGCUAAGCAGCAUCGGAUUUUCAAUCCGGCUUUCGACGCAACUCCAUUCAAACCCUUUCAUAAUUCCGGCGCCAUGGAUCUCACAACUCGACAAAAACACACGAAAUCUUCCGUAACGAUCUGUUAUACCUACGAUGCAUUUUUCAUCUCAGACGGCAGAUCGAAGAAAAAGCUCAAAUCCUGCUCGACUGACGCCAUACUCGGGGUGAUUCCCUCCGCGAAACCGCAAAACGAGCCCGAGGGCCGUUCCAGAUACUCAUGCUCGGAAUGCGGGAAACACUACGCGACGUCAUCCAACCUCUCGCGACACAAGCAAACUCAUCGGAGUCCAGACUCGCAACUGGCGAAAAAAUGUCCCACGUGCAGCAAGGUCUAUGUGUCUAUGCCAGCGCUCGCUAUGCAUCUGCUGACGCACAAACUCAAUCAUAAAUGUGCAGUGUGCGGCAAGGCUUUUUCUAGGCAAUGGUUGCUCCAAGGUCACAUGAGAUCUCAUACAGGCGAGAAACCCUUCGGAUGCGCACACUGUGGGAAAGCGUUCGCUGAUCGAUCGAAUCUGCGUGCUCAUAUGCAAACCCAUUCCGGACUCAAGUUCUUCAAAUGCACGAAAUGUGACAAACGUUUCGCACUCAAAAGCUACCUCAAUAAGCACAUGGAAUCUGCAUGCAUAUCGAAUUGUGGCUUUCCGGUUGAGAACCUGAUCGCCCUCCAGGACGAAGCUCAUAGCAUGCCGAUCUCAUUUUUGGGAAAUCACUCAGAUCUCGCAUCAGAAUCGAUCAAUGGAGAUAGCCCGUUGCGAUACCGGGACUAA